AUGCACUUCACCACCACAACCCUCACCACCCUCGCCCUCGCCCUCACCGCAACCGCCAACCAGCGAAUCUGCUUCCCCGUCCCCGGCGAGCCCGCCACCGUGCCCCAGGACAUCCUCGCCCUCGACCCCCAGACCAAGCUCGCCUUGGCCGCCGACCUCUGCAAGCAGUUCACCUACCCCAUCGACGGCCUACAGACCUUUGUGACGCCCCUCGAGGACGGCAUCGAGGGCUCCGACGGCAAGCUCUACGGUCUGCAGGUGUCUCUUCACGAAAUCCUUACCGAGGCCCAAUGCAACGUCGAUGCCAACGCUCUGGUCGGACCUGAGGCUUGUCCCGGCGGCGGCCUCCUGAUUCUCAGCACUCCUUUUGAGCAGUGGACGUAUCUGACUGCCCUCAACUGA